GGCUGCAGUUUCAGUUGUUAUUUGUUUACAAAAUCAUCAACAUUCAUUCUAGUCCUGCAAACGAAACCCGAAAAACCGAACAAAUCCAAAUGAACAUAAAAAUAUAUCUCUCCUCGAAACUAAUAGAAAAAUGCACAUUUUGUGAGUUGUACGGGCUGGUGGAAGAUUUGCGCGAUGAAAUUCGAUUCACAGUACUGGACGCCGAACCGCUGCCCAACUACACCGAACCGAUCGGGAAGAUAUGCAGCGUGACCGACUACAUGCAAUUCCGGACGGCGCAAAAUGAUAGAACGCUUCGGGAGCAACUCGCACGGGAGGAUAACUUUCUCCGGCUCGCCAUUUCGAACAGUGGCCGUAUUAAGCACGUGAUGGCAAAAGUUAAAGGUGUCACGAUCGAGUCGCUCAACAAACUUCUCAUCAUAUACGACGAGAAAGGCUUCAACAAUCUGGCCGAGAAUGAUCUGAACGCCGAAGACUGUGAUAAUGAUUUGCUGCACCUGGCUAGAUUGAUUAAAGCGAGCAAAGCGGAAUCGGCCGGAUGGACGGAUAAACUGCACGCCCUAGCGGAACGCGAAGAGAUUCAGCGGCUGUACGGAAUGUUGCUUCCAGUGGGCAAGGGUUUAGGGAUGCUGUUUCGAAAGACGGCACUGUACUACCACUUCAACGAAUGGGUGGAAUGUAUUCGGCAGAAAGAUGCAAACGCCGUAAAAUGGACACUGUUGAUAGACAUUUGUUUCGGAGUGGCUAUUAUGAGUUUGAUUAUAUGCUUCGGAAAUCCGGGCACACGAUUCAUGGAGUUUGCAGAGAUCGUGGUCGACAGUUUUUUGCAGCUUCUGCAGACUCUUCGGGGCAAUCCGAUUGGAUUGAAACUGAACGGUUCUCUAAACGAAUUUUUCUUUAGCUGUUUUAGCUACCAAGUUGAUCUGUGGUGGAUGUUUUUAAUAAUACUUUCACCUGCAAUUCAAUUUCUCUUCGUGCCGUUGUCAAUAUUGGGUCUGUUUGGAUUAUCCUUUCAAGUGGCCAUGCUUUCGGAUUUGAUUGUCCUCAUCAGUUUGCAUGGGCACUGCUUCUACAUCUAUGUAGCGGUCCUGUAUCGCAUCGAAAUUGGAGCAAUAGGAGCGCUCUGCCGUACAGUAUUGGGAAAGAAGCGUAACGUACUGCGAGAUCGCGUUGAAGCCCACGAUUACAUGAACCGGCAACUGUUUAUUGCUACUCUUUCCUUCACUGUACUGCUCUUCCUGCUUCCUACUAUUUUAUUCUAUUACACAGUGUUCGCAUCGCUUCGGUUUGCAAUUUACUGUCUAUCGUACACGCUGAUGAAAAUACGCCGCACCAUUUUACGGUUUCCUUUCGAUGCAAUGGUGCGAUGGGUGCGAGGCGUGUACACGAACCUGGAAAGCCUGGAAAUAUACAACAUCGGUUCGAUAGCGAAAGAAAACGUAACAAUCACGUACGUAGCGCCCAGGUCGGCCACAUUCUGGUUUCGCGAUACGGCGACCGAUUUUCCACGCUGGGAACCGAAGCGCCAAAACAGUACAACGAUUGGAGAGUUUUUAGUUAGUUUAGUUAAGGGAGAGUUGGUUUCCUUCAUCCAGCCCGACGAGCGCAUUGUACCGCGGACGAAUUAGAGAGAAAAACAAAUGCAAUAAACGUUUUCCACUAUUUUACU